UGAAAGUUAUUCGCUCGAAGCCGUCUUAUUUUGCUGAAAGAUUGUACCAGUCCAUGAAAGGCAUAGGAACCGACGACCGGACGCUGAUUCGUAUUAUAGUCAGUCGCUCAGAGGUCGAUUUGGCUCUGAUCAGGGACGAAUUUUUCAAGAUGUACGGAAAGUCACUGGAAAGUUUUAUCAAGAGGAUAUUUUUGCAAGGCGCGAGAUGAUU